AUGGAGUAUUUGGUCCAAGCCUCCCUUGGGACGCUCUCCUCCUCCCCUCUUUGGAACCAGCACUCCUGCAGAGUUGCAGCAGCCGUUGUAGAAGGAGCGAGGACCAUGUGUGCACUGAUGUUUGCUCGCAGUGGAAAGCUGGUUUCACCAAAAUGGAAAAACUUUAAAGGCUUGAAACUUCAGUGGAGAGAUAAAAUCCGUCUCAAUAACGCCAUCUGGAGGGCAUGGUACAUGCAGUACCUGGAGAAGCGCAAGAAUCCAGUGUGCCAUUUUGUGACUCCACUGGACGGCUCUGUUGAUGUAGAUGAACAUCGUCGGCCAGAGGCCAUUGCAACAGAAGGGAAAUACUGGAAACGAAGAAUUGAAAUAGUCAUCAGGGAAUACCACAAGUGGAGAACAUACUUCAAGAAAAGGUUACAGAAACAUAAAGAUGAAGAUCUUUCAAGUUUGGUCAGGGAUGAUGAUGUGGUUCUCUGGCAAAAAAGAAGGUAUGGCAGAGAAACCCCUGUCCCUAUGGAGGAAGGCAGCCUCUUGGAUGCAGAUAUGCUUAUGUCCGAGUUCACCGACACGCUGUUCUCCACACUGUCUUCGCAUCAGCUGGUUUCCUGGCCAAAUUCCAGGGACAUAGCACACUUAGGAAAUGCUGACAUGAUUCAACCAGGGCUUAUUCCUCUCCAGCCAAAUUUUGAUUUUAUGGAUACUUUUGAGCCUUUUCAGGAUUUAUUCACACCUAGUCGUUCCAGUAAUUAUUUCCCUUCUGUGUCUGCUGUCAGCUCAGCUACAACAGACAGCAGCAGCCAUUCUUCCCAGUCUCCUGUCCUGCCGUCGGGUUCAUUGCCCAACACACUUCCAGCAGGGAACAUCAGUGAUGGACUGAUUGCUUCCUCGGUACCUGCUCCUGUCAUUCCUGAUGUUGGCACUGACCAGUGUUCCAGCAUUAGAAGCGGGGGAUCUUUCAUCCAGCCAGCAGGCUUCACUCCUGACUCGUCUCUCAGCGGGCCACAAACUUUUAUGCCAAUGUUUCAGACACCCUUGCCACUGCUUCAACCUGCGACACAACAGCACCAGUCCCCGUUGCCUGCAGUGCCUCUGAAUUCUAGCUUGAGCUCUCCGCCAGCUGCGUUUGCUGCACCAGAAACCCAGAAGUUUGGCCUCUGUGAAUCUACAGUUAUCACCCACACAGCCUCUGCUACGUUGACCCACAAUGCCCCUGCCACCACCUUCAGCCAGAGCCAGAACCUUGUCCUGGCAACGCAGCAGCCAGGUGCAGGAGUGCCUUGUAACCUGGCUUUCCAGACUACUGUCCUGCAGGGACAGCCCCGGCCCCAGCUGCAGUCCCACCUGACAUUUGCACUCCCCAAAGCUGUUCCUUUGGCCAGUGCUGGGACAAGGCCCAAACAGUCACAAAAAGUAGUGCCUGCUCCGAAGCCUGAAACAGUGUCCUUAUUGUUAAAGAAUGCCUUCAUCACCCCAGCUGCCUUUCAGGGACAGUCCAGAGCUGUGAUUGUAACUCCAGCACCUUUAAAAAGAGAGGGGAUUUUGACGCCAGCCACGUCUCAGUCUAAUGUUGCAAUUGCACCAGCUGGAAUUGUCAGAGCUCCCGGGGUGACGGAGUUCCGUAGUAACAUUCUGGUUGGUCCAGCACAGCGAGCACCAAGUAGUCAACAAACUCAGUCCACAGUCUCACAUCUCUUCUCUCCUAGUGUAGUCCAGGAUGUGUUGGUGAAAGCAGAGCAAAUCCCUUCCCACAGUAGCAGUUCACAAGUUCCCUCACCUACACCUAGCCGAGACUGUCAGAAUUCAGGCCAAGCUUCUCCCUGCACCUCUGAGCAGAGCCCCAGUCCACAGUCUCCCCAGAACAGCUGCUCAGGAAAACCUGCCACUGACCCUAAUAUGGCUGCAUUAAAGAAUCGAAGAAUGAAGCAUAUUUCAGAACAAAAGCGAAGGUUUAAUAUCAAGAUUGGUUUCAGUACUCUGAACAGCUUGGUUUCAGCCAACUCCAAGUCGAUCAGCCAUGCAAUCACGCUCCAGAAAACAGUAGAAUAUAUCGCUAAACUACAGCAGGAAAGGACACAGAUGCAAGAGGAAACCAGGCGCCUUCGGGAAGAAAUCGAGGAGCUAAACGCUACCAUCAUUUCUUGUCAACAGCAGCUCCCUGCUACUGGGGUUCCCAUAACAUGGCAGAGAUUUGACCACAUGAGGAGGAUGUUUGAUGAGUAUGUGAGAAGCAGGACCCUGCAGAACUGGAAGUUUUGGAUUUUCAGCAUUAUUAUUAAGCCGUUGUUUGAGUCCUUUGAUGGGAUGGUUUCCACAACAAGCUUUAAGGAUCUGAAUCAAACUGCAAUGGCCUGGCUGGAUCAGCACUGUUCUCUUCCUGUUCUGAGGCCAAUGGUGCUGAACACCCUCCGGCAUCUAAGUACAACCACCUCAAUUCUGUCGGAUCCAUCGUGCUUGCCAGAGCAAGCUGCUGAGGCAGUUAGCAAGAUGAACAAAACAGCUGGCGAAACCUAACAACCAAAGACAGUGAGUUGCUUAUACAAGGGUGGAGAACCUGCCAGUCUAGCAGCCUGGCGAGCCUCCUUUCAGUUGGUGCACUUUAGAAAGAAUUCUCUCCAUCACCUGAGACGUUGUUCAGGGCAUCUGGCUCUGCCAUCAGAAUAUGUGGAAGUAUGAUGCAACGUUGUCAUAACGUUUUGAUUCCUCUUCAGUGCUGUGCUGUACUCCGUUAAGUGAGAAAACACCGAGCUCAGGUAAAUUUAGCAGGUUUGAGUCCUGCAGGCAGCAAUAUAUCUCCAUCAAUGCAGCAUGCAUCUAUAUGCAACAAACAUAUUUCUAUGAAACAGCUUCAAGUACUAAGUUCUCUGAAGUGUAAAUCUUGUACACCAAGGAAUGUUCUCUUAAAGGGGAAACAUACUUUUGAUUUCAUGAAACAAAAUGUGCUUUUUAUUUUGUUUUCUGGUAUUCAGUUCCAUUUGUGUUACUUGAAUAUUGAAAAUUGUUGAACAGGAUCAUAUUAAAAACCAAAGGAGAAGAAAAAUCCGUCAAUGAUGACAACUCGUGGCAAAAAUACUAGAAUUAAAAUCUCAGGCUGUGUUUUGUGUAUUUUUAUUUUAAUGAGUGUAUCAUUGCAUAUGAUCGGUUUCAAGACAUGCUUUAUUUUCUAGCAAAUAAAGUAGUUGA